GUCUGAAGAAGGGUCUCGACCCAUUCCUUCUCUCCACAGAUGUUGCCUGACCCGCCGAGUUACUCCAGCUUUGUGUGUCUGUCGGAGCUGUUUUCUGGGCGGAACGUUUGUGCGGGCGCUGGGGGCCGCCGAGCCGGCGGAGGGAGGUGCCGGCGGUAGCCGUCUGCGGAGUGUUGGUGCGAGAGGCCGGUGGUGUUGGUGGCGGGAGCGGGAGGCCGGUGUUACGGGAGGCCGGUGUUGCGGGCGGCGGGAUGAACGAGGCCGACAUCGAGCCGCUGGCGCGAGGCGGCGGUUACCGCUGCUCGCUCUGCGACGUCCGCAUGCCCAACAGCCCCACAUUAAAUGAACAUGUUAAAGGAAAGAAACAUCAAAAACUUCUGAGUGUGAGGAAUACGAGGAAAUCGCAGCAAGAGAAGAGCGUGUUUGUGAGUGGUUUCCAAAAAGGCACGUCCAAUUUGGAGAUCACAGAUUACUUUCAGAACUUUGGCCCAGUUGCAAGUGUGAUAAUGGACAAAGACAAAGGAUUAUAUGCUAUUGUUGAGAUGGAAAGUGAUAAAGAAGUGGAAAAAGUGUUGUCUAUCCCACGGCACUCCAUGAACGGUCAGAAACUACGAGUGAAGCGCAGAGAGUAUAAGGAAUUCAAAUAUAUUCCGAAGAAAAGGCAGGAUCCUGGGGAAAAACAGUUCAUCGAUUUUGAAGAAUUAUCUCAGGCUCUCUGCCAAGCAAUUGAUGUUGAUGAACAAUUGAAGAAGUUGUUGGAGAUUUUUGAGUUUACAGACAAUGAAAGAAUGCUUAGGAAACUGAUUGUGUCGCUAUUACAGGAGGUCUUUUCAGAAUUCUUUCCAGGUUGUAAAAUCUUACCCUUUGGGUCAUCAGUGAAUGCGUUCGAUAUCCAUGGCUGUGACAUGGAUCUCUUCCUGGAUCUUGAAAAUACAAAAACUUAUCAGGCAAAUGCUAAUGCCGCAGUUGAAACUGAGGGGGAUACAGAUAUUAAACGGGAAACUCAGUCUGAGAGCGAAUCUGAAGAGUCGAUCUUGUCUGACAUUGACUUGAAAACCUCAACAACGCCUGAAAUACUUGAACUUGUAGCUACUGUUUUGCAAAAGUGUGUUCCAGGUGUUCACAAAGUUCAAGCUGUCACCACUGCCAGGCUUCCUGUGGUUAAAUUUAUUCAUAAGGAAUCAGGCUUGCAAGGAGACAUCUCUAUUAAUAAUAGGUUGGCUGUACGUAACACAAUGUUUCUUCAGUUAUGUGCCUCAUUGGAUCCAAGAGUGAGACCUCUGGUUUAUGCGAUUCGCCACUGGGCAAAACUGAAGCAUUUGGCUGGAAAUCCUUUUGGAGGGGGAUCAUUGAUGAAUAAUUAUGCAGUUACUCUCUUAGUUGUGUUCUUCCUUCAGAAUAGAACACCUCCAAUUCUUCCCACUGUGAACCAUUUAAAAGAGCAUGCAGGUGAGGAAGACCAAUGUAUAAUUGAUGGCUGGGACUGCUCUUUUCCAAGCGAUCGCUCUAAAAUUGAAGUCGAUACAAAUACUGAAACUUUAUGUGUACUUCUUGCAGAGUUUUAUAAGUUUUAUGCAGAGUUUGACUAUGCUGGGACUGUCAUUUCACUGAAGGAUGGUAAAGUUCAUGUUGUAACUGACUUCAUUGGACCCGAUUCAGAUAAAAAAAUUAGACUUGGUCCAAUUAAUAUUCAGGAUCCAUUUGAACUGAGUCACAAUGUCUCUGGAAACAUCAAUGAAAGGACAGCACAAAGGUUUAAGCGACAAUUGGAUGAAGCCUGCAAGUACUGUCGCAGCCUGCAGUACCAGCGAAAAUCUAACAAAGGGAAGGUCUGGGGUAUAGUCAGAUUGUUUCAACCUUUAAGUAGCACUGACUGUUCCCCUGCACCUUCCCCAGGUGCAGAUCAUAGCGCAGGCAAAGAAAUGAGCCAAGGUGAGAAUUUGAUAAAUAUCCCCUUCAAGCUGUCGUGUCUUUCUGAACAAACGAGGAAAAGAUUACACGGAUCUCCAGAUUUUAGGGAAAUUUGGUUUGAUAAAGUAUGCCAUGCUGUUCACUACGUAAUGGAGUCCAUCCUUAAAUGUAGCUGUGCAAAUACUGAGGAAAAUAACAUACAGAUCAAUGAUGCAAAAAUCACCAGCUCAAAUGGAGUUAAGAAUAUAGAAGAAGAGAUUAACUUUGGAGUAAAGAGACCCUCUCUUGCGGAAGAGAAAGCAGAAGCAUCAAGUGCCAAAAGAGCAAAGACUGAUACAAUUGAGGCUCCAUUGUACCAGGGAGAAGUGACUUGGCAUUUUGCUGUGUGGAGCAGAGUAUGGAUUGGACGGAGAAAGGUGAGGCGUCAGCUCCGUUACAGAACAAAUGAAUCUGAUUCGGGCGAUUGCACAGUUAUCAGUUCCUUAGAAACAGAAGGUAAAGUUACUGAAGCUAUAUUGCAGCAGCAGGAGGAGAAUGGGGAUAAAUCCUCACCAUUAAUAACCUUUAAAUUCGAUGCCUUUUUGGUUGGAGGUAAUGAAGACACGAGGACUUUGAUCAGAGUUGCCCCAAUUCAAGAAUGCACGUUAUUUAUCGAAUUCUUUCAUUUUCUGGAAUCAUUUGUUCCCAAGAUGGUUGAAAAGUGCAUUGAGAAAUCUGACGAGAUGAUAUGAUGUGGCAUUUGACGUAUUUUCAUAACUAUUUUUAUAAAUAAAUGCCUAUUGAACAGUUUAUACGUUUCUCAGAAAAACUAUGCUAAUCUAAACAGAAGUUUGUGUUGUUAGUUGUUUAGUUAGGGAGUAAUCAUCUGUGUUGGAAAGGUAAAAUUGGGGUGAGCAAAAUUAGGGUGACCUUAACAUAGAAGUUCUUUACAUUAAAGUUCUGUAAUGAGUAUGUUGUGCACAAUGCAACAUACAAGUUAUGUCAACGUAUGUUGACAAGUGGCUUCUUGUCUACACAAAGAGCUGGUUUGAGUUGGGGUUUUCUGGAGAGAAAUUUGGUUAGGUGUGUUCUAAAUGAGCGGAACAUCAGAUAAUAUGACAUUUUUGUAUUAACUUUGCUGGCAAUAAAUGUGAGUUUAAUUGGGUUAUCUGUUCUCUUUAGUUCUAUAAUUUGAGGUACUAUUUUCUAUUUGUAGAGCAGCCUUGCUAUGCAAUGUAUUUAAAUGUAAUGGCCCUGUCCCACGGUACGAGUUCAUUCCAAGAGCUCUCCCGAGUUUAAAAAAAAUGAAACUCGUGGUAUGCACGGAGAAUGAACGUAGCGGGUACGUCGGAGCUCGGGGACGUCUUAGCACUCGUAACGCUAACGGCAGGUACUUGGGAAGACUCGCUAACGGCAGGUAAGCUCGGGAAGACUCGAAGAUUUUUCAACAUGUUGAAAAAUGUCCACGAGAGCCCCAAGUACCGACGAGCGACCACUACCAUAAAUCUCCGAGUUCGAAUCAGGGCAAACUCGGGAGAGCUCUUGGAGUGAACUCGCACAGUGGGACAGGGCCAUUUCUCAACAACAAUUUUUAUUCAUACCUUUAACAUUGUAAAUUUCCUGCAGUGCUUCACAGCAAUGUUAUCAAACAAAAAUGUUACUGAAGGACCGAUGACCAAAUAUUGAAGGCAAUUGGUUUUAUAGAGUGCCUUAAAAGAAUGAAAAGUUAAUGUUGGAAAGGAUCGUGGAGGAAAUUCUAGAAUAUUUUAACAACUAAAAGCAUUGCCAUUAAUUAUAGAACAAGGACAUUUGGGAAGGAGUAAGGGCCAGAAUUAAAGGAUCAUGUAUAUGCUAGAAUGUUAUUAGAACUCGUGGAGAUCAGCAAAAUAGUUCAAGGAGGGACAGUGGAUAGAUUUUCUUUUACUUUCUAGCUUUUAUCAAAAUUGCAACUGCAAACAUUUACAUCAACAGUGAUUUUUUUUUGUGUAAAGUUCUUUAAUCUGCUUUCUCCCUGACCAGCAGUCCUGUUCUGUACAUCAUAUUCCGAUUUGUAUUAUCUUUAUCCGAUCUAACCAAAGAGUUUUGAUUUCUAAUUGUUAAACUUGGCAACAAUAAAGAUAUACAGAAUGUUAUGUUUCAAAUA